AUGUCAGAUAGUCGAGGCAAGCUCGUCGAAAUGAUGUUGAAAUGCUUUGAUUUCCCGGAGCUGUUGUUGAGGAUGCCCUUUGGAGUGUGGGAUGAGUCAGACUGGCGACCAGUGAACUAUGGAUUGCCAGGCAUCCCCUCUUCCUGUGUCAGUGAGUUGCCGCUUUACCGGUUUGGGCAGGCACGCCGAUCCCGAACAUGUGUCGCUUCUGUCACAUCCAGUAGCAGCUUGGGCUUCACCGGCAAAGCUCUGCGGAGGUCCGUCCCUGGCAUCUACGCAUUUCACAUCUCGCUGGCACGGCAGCUUGAUGCUGAGUUUCAGCGCAGUCCACAGAGGACUCAAGGAGUGCAGGGAUUGUCCAGUCCAUUCACAUCGUGUUGCGAUUCGGAUGACGAGGAUGAGUAUGGCCCGAUCCAUGACUACAGCAUCGAUGGUGUGGCUGGCAUGUGGGAGCUGUCUGGUCGCGCAGCUUUGCCCAUCCGUGAGGUAUUGGAGAACUUGCAGAAAGAGUUGGGAUCCUUCGAGCGUGGCGAUCCGGGCGUUGAUGAGGACGCCAAGCAAGGACCUCGGCUCACAAUCGGCGAAGCAGUACAGCUGAUCGCCAAUGGCACAGUCAUUGGAGCGGUGGCGGAGGACAUGCUCAAGAAGCUGAAGACAGGUGGGGUCCGAUCUGGGAUCCCGAGGAGAUACGUGGUGACCUACGAGUUAUAUGGCUUGCUGACAAACAAGGUCAGGGAUGUGCUCGAUCAGAUGGAAAUUUCUCAGACAGAGGCGGGCAUGCUUGGAGACGUUUGCGCGCCUCUGUUUGGAUAUGAAAAGAGAAGAUGCAUGCUGCUGGCAACAUCGAUGCUUCCUCCAUUGCGAGAGCUGUUGGCAGGCAGGGCUCCUUUGAUUCCCAGCUGCCCAGAAGCCUUGAAGCUGAGGGAGAACGACGAGGACUUCAUCACAAAAUUGAAAUCAGCUGCGGACACAGCGGACACAGCCAUCCAGCCAGACGAGACCGAGGUGGACCAGCAAGAGCCGAUUGUUGGCGAGAUGGACAAGCUUCUGACUAGAGAGGAGUUGAAGAAUCUACUGAGAGACGUCAUAUCCGGCUUAGAUCGUUUUCGCUGGCAAGACCUGGCAAACGACUUGAAGAAGUGGUGCACAACAGGAGAGACCUCCGACAACGUGGUGCGUCGCCUUUUAGAAGACACGGUUGAACUGCAACGGGAAGCGGUGAGCGUCUUGGCUCUCUCCAAGAUACUCGCGGAGGAGACCUUGAGUUCGCGAAUUUUACUUGCAGCGAGGGCACUCGCCGAUUUCAACGAUGCUGUCGACAGGGAGAUGGGCCUGAUGCUGGAACGCUUUGGGAUCGACCCUGCGCUUAUUUCAAGGACGUACACUCACUCUGCAAGCCUGCUCGAUGCUUUUGCUUCCAAGAAGAGCUUAAGCAGUUUAGACCGUGAGGAGGAGACGGAAUCAGUGCUUGCGGACUCGCAGCCGUUUGCCACAACUGCUAUCCUGUCUGACAUGGAGAAGGCCAUGGUUAAGCAGCGCGAUCAUCAACGGAGGGUCCACAAGAAGGUCAAAGGAGAUCUCACUGCUUUGAUGCAGGAGCAUCGUCGCAAAGUUGAACUGAACAGAUCCUUGUAUGACCAUUUGAUGAUGACCACGAUGCGGGACGAGCGCACGCGCAAAGGGGGGCAGGAGGUUGGCAACGAGAACUAUUUGCAAUCGGCCAUGCAGAGGCAGCCGACCCAUGAGUCUCAAGAGCUGGAAGUGGAUGAGCUGCAAACUCCACCCGACAUCCCACCGGAGGAGGAGGAUGCCGCUGAAGCCGAUGAAGCAUCGAAACCUCCUCCGGCUGCUCCGGGUCGACCUCAAAAAGGCAAGGGGACCACCGGGACCGCCAGCGGCACCAGACCAUCCGGAGGCUGGCCGUGUGAGAAGUGCUUGAAGCGAAGCUCUAUGUGUUUUUGCUGA